AUGUAUAUUGAACCAACUCGAGUCAUUUUUAUGUAUUAGUGGUAGUUGAAGUUGAGGAAGAAUCUUACCCUGAAAGCAAGGACUUGUUUGUUAAGAAUUCAGAAAGUACAUACAAUUUUCCUCUUCUCUUCUGACAAGUGCAAUUUGGUAAAGUUUGGUGAAGAUAUUAGAUACUGAGUUCUCAACUCCCAUAUUCAAGGACAAACAAACAAAUAAACAAACAAAUUAUUUGAUCUGGGCUUGACUUUGGUGUACUUAUCUAUGUACAUAUGUAGCAAAAUCUGAACAAGUAUAAGCUUUAAGGUUUCUUUGCUGAUUACAAAUGGAUAAGCUCUUGGCUUACAGGCAAUGCCUAAGAGAAACCCUAGAGAAAUCAAAAUCUUUGGCUUCUCAAAUUGACAAAAACAGUUCAGUAUUACAAAACAUACAUGAAAAUUUGCCUGUUUUAUCAGCUGAGAUUCGGUCUACUUGCACUCGAAAAGCUACUCUUUCUGCUGUCGGAGAGUGUGUGAACCGAGCAUUUGGACCCGUUUCAGCAGUUUUGAAGAUGUAUGAUUCAGUUUGCGGGCUCGAGCAAUCAAUAUUGGUGGGACCGGGACCCACUGGAGGCGGUAUAGUAGAGUACAUUUCGGUUUUGAAGCAACUCGAAGGGGCUAUGAUGUUUUUGACCGAUAAUUGUGGGUUAGCAAUGCAAUGGAUAGAGGAUAUAGUAAAGCUCUUGGAUGAAAAUGAAAAGGGUGACGAUAAGUAUUUGUUGAAUGUGAAGAAGUCGUUGAGGAUUUUAUCGAAGAUUAAGUCUAUAGAAGCUCGUUCAAGGCUUGAUGGGGGGAUUUUGAACGGUUCUUUAAACGAGUUAGAGCUUAUGUUCCGGAAGCUUGUGAAGGAUGAUUUGAGCAACUCUCACAUUCAGAUUAUCAUCGAGAGACUAAAAGAAAAUAAUAGGUUUGAGAAUUGCAUGACUACUUUUGUUGAUGUAAGGAGUUCUAACUCAAGGGCAUCCUUUGAAGCUCUUGAUUUGAGCUACCUUGAAAUCGAAAUCUCCGAAUCAGAUUCUAUACAAAAAUUUGAAGAUCAUACGGCUCAAUGGGGCAAACAUAUCAAGUUUUCUCUUAAACACAUUCUCGAAGCUGAGUACGAGCUUUGCAAGAGCACCUUCGACAAAUUUGGCUCCGAGGAUUCUCUUGCAUGUUUUGCGAAAAUCGCAUCACAAUCCGGGUUCUUAGAACUCCUCGAAUUUGGCAUCAAAAUCACACAAGCCAAAAAGGACGCGAUCAAGCUCUUAAAGCUCUUAGACAUAUUCACAAUCUUGGACAACCUAAGGAUGGACUUCAACAAACUAUUUGGCUCAAAACAAUGCGAAAAAAUUCAAAACCAAACACGGGCUCUAAUCAAGCGCAUUGUUGAAGGUGCGAGUGAGAUUUUUAGAGAACUAUCCCUUCAAGUGGAAGCACAAAGGUACAACACGAUGCCUCCAUUAGAUGGUGGCGUACCCAGAUUAGUAACCUUUGUCACCAACUAUUGUGUCAUGCUCCUCGAGAACGACUACAAGCCAAUCCUCACACAAGUCCUCUCAAUCCAUCAAAUUUGGAAUAAGAAACGAUCCCUUGAAGGAAUUCUCAAAUACGAGCUCCAAAACAUACUCGAUUCCUUGGAAGUUAACCUGGAAACAUGGUCGAGUACCUUGGAAGACACUGAUCUGUCAUACUUUUUCCUGAUGAACAAUUACAUAUAUUUGUAUGAAUUUAUGCAGGGAACUAGUUUAGGUGAUCUAGUGGGAGAUAAAAUGGUAAAUGGGUAUAAGCGAAAAAUGCAGAAUUAUGCUCAAGCAUACCUAAAACAUAGCUGGGGAAAACUACCAUCAAUUUUAAGUGAAGAUGAGUUAUUACUAUUCUCCUCAGGAAGAACAAGUUCACAAGAAUUGGUAAAAAACAGGCUCAGAGAAUUCAACGACACAUUCGAGGACUUAUACAAGGCACAAUCGAAUUGGAUUGUAUCGGAUAAUGCAGCAUUGCGAGAGAAGGCGUGCCAACUUAUCGUACAUACAGUUGUCCCGUAUUACAGGUCCUUCCUUCGUAACUAUAGUCAUUUAGUCGAAAAUGAGUCUAGUUCGAGUAAGUAUGUUAAGUACUCUGCAUCGAGUUUAGAGGGUAUGAUUUGCUCUUUGUUCGUGCAGCCGAAUGUAAUUAGACUAAGUCGAAGCCAUAGCUCUAAGUCCAACCAAUUGAUUGGGAAACUUCGGAACGCUGUUGCUAGUCAGUUUCGUGUUGCUCCGAUUUCUACAUGAAAUGUUGUAAAUAUAGCUCUUUUGUCUAUUGAUGUACUUCUAGUUCAAUUCAAACUGAUAGGCUUUUUUAUGUGUUCUGUAAAUAUUUGGUUAGCAGUAAGAAGAUAGACGGGUAAAAUUAUACGGGUUUUGCACCGCAUUCGCCCUGAUUGGAGCCGGUAUGGUAUGACUUUGGUGGGUAAUGGGUGGGUAUGGGCAUGAAAAGUCCUACCCCGCAUGGCUAGUGGGUAGGUGGUGGGUAUGAAGUCUUACCCGCCCCAUACCCACCUGC